UAUCGCUCUCAUACACAGACAGAAACGAUAAUGGCGGAUUUACAAUACUUCUUUGUAAUCAUUCUUCUUUGCCUUGGAAUCACAGUCUUGAUCCAAGCCAUUGUUACCAAAAGAUUCCGCAACAAACCACCGCUUCCACCAAGCCCAAUAGCUUUACCGAUCAUCGGUCACAUUCACCUACUUGGUCCCAUAGCUCACCAAGCACUUCACAAGCUCUCAAUCCGCUACGGACCUUUGAUUUAUCUCUUCAUUGGCUCCAUUCCUAAUCUUAUCGUCUCAUCAGCUGAGAUGGCGAAUGAGAUUCUCAAGUCCAAUGAGCUCAACUUCCUGAACCGACCCAAAAUGCAAAACGUUGACUACCUUACUUACGGCUCAGCAGAUUUCUUCUCAGCGCCUUACGGGCUUCACUGGAAGUUCAUGAAGAGGAUUUGUAUGAUGGAGCUCUUCAGCAGCAGAGCAUUAGAUAGCUUUGUUACUGUGAGAAGAGAGGAGUUGAAAAAGCUUCUGAUACGCGUCCUGAAGAAAGCAGAAGCAGAAGAGAGUGUUGAUCUCGGCGAACAGCUAAAGGGAUUGACAAGCAACAUCAUAACGAGAAUGAUGUUCAGAGAAAGGCAAUCGGAUCGUGACGGGUGCGGUAAAACAGAGGAAGUUAUCAAAAUGGUGGUGGAGUUGAAUGAAUUAGCAGGGUUUUUUAACGUUUCUGAAACGUUUUGGUUCUUGAGAAGGCUUGACUUGCAAGGACUCAAGAAGAGGCUCAAGAAUGCUCGAGACAAGUAUGAUGUGAUCAUAGAGAGAAUAAUGGAAGAGCAUGAGUCUAAGAAAAACAAAGAUGCAGGAGCAAGGAACAUGCUAGACAUUUUGCUCGGCAUACACGAAGAUAAAAACGCAGAGAUGAAGCUAACUAGAGAAAACAUUAAGGCCUUCAUCAUGAACAUUUAUGGGGGUGGAACAGAUACAUCUGCCAUAACAGUAGAGUGGGCUCUAGCAGAGCUGAUAGACCAUCCAGAGAUCAUGAAGAAAGCACAACAAGAGAUAGAGAAAGUGGUGGGAAACAAGAGAGUAGUUGAAGAAUCGGAUUUGUGCAAUCUCAGUUACAUCCAAGCAGUUGUGAAGGAGACAUUGAGGUUACACCCUGGAGGACCAAUAUUCGUGAGAGAAUCUGAUGAAGAAUGCGCGGUGGCUGGAUUCAGAAUCCCAGCUAAAACGAGGGUGAUAGUUAACGUUUGGGCGAUUGGAAGAGACGCUAACCAAUGGGAAGAUCCAUUGGAGUUUAGACCUGAGAGGUUUGAAGGGACCGAGUGGAAAGUGAUGAGUGAGAAGAUGAUGUCUUUUGGAGCUGGGAGAAGAAGCUGUCCUGGAGAGAAAAUGGUGUUUAGAUUCGUUCCAUUAGCUUUAGCUGCGAUAAUACAGUGUUUUGAGUUAAAAGUGAAUGGAAGUGUGGAGAUGAAUGAAGGGGUUGGAUCAUCUCUGCCUAGAGCCACACCUUUGGUGUGUGUUCCUGUUGCUAAGGAGGCUAUACAAUCAUUUGUUCCGCUUGAACCAAAGGUCAUCUUCUAG